CCUGAGGAAGAGUAGGGUCAGAGGAGUCUGGGAGAAUGAGGAAAUAUGAGAGCCCCAGGAACUGAAAAGGCCUGUGAGAGACUCUGAGCUUCCUGGGAACAGGUGGGGUGGAGGUGGAGGAAGAUUUAAGGAAAAGCUUCCUGGAGGAGGCGCCAGCAAACUGCAGGAGCUUUCCCGGACGCCCGAGAAAGGGAGAAACCCCGAAGGAAUUCCUCCCCUCUCGGGGCUGGGUCUCCGCAUCCACGCCGGAUUUCGUUUCCCAGGCUCACCCACGUGUUCGGGCGUCCCUGUCAAUCAAGUUUUUCCCCGGCUGGGUCCGGGUUUAAAGGCAGCUGCUGCGCAGGGCGCUCCCAUGGUGCCGCGCGGCGGGCGGGUUUGGAUUUUAAAUCCCCGCGGCCAAUCAGUGGCGCGCAGGCUUUUGUAACGUUCCCAGCGCCGCGUUUGAAUUCAGGGAGGAGCGGAGCGGUGCGGAGCGUCUGCUCGGAUCCAGGUCAGCAGAGCAGCUCCGGGAGCAUGAGUGCGGCGGUGACUGCAGGGAAGCUGGCACGGGCACCGGCCGACCCUGGGAAAGCCGGGGUCCCCGGAGUUGCAGCUCCUGGAGCUCCGGCGGCGGCCCCACCGGCGAAAGAGAUCCCGGAGGUCCUAGUGGACCCACGCAGCCGGCGGCGCUAUGUGCGGGGCCGCUUUUUGGGCAAGGGUGGCUUUGCCAAGUGCUUCGAGAUCUCGGACGCAGACACCAAGGAGGUGUUCGCGGGCAAGAUUGUGCCUAAGUCUCUGCUGCUCAAGCCGCACCAGAGGGAGAAGAUGUCCAUGGAAAUAUCCAUUCACCGCAGCCUCGCCCACCAGCACGUCGUAGGAUUCCACGGCUUUUUCGAGGACAACGACUUCGUGUUCGUGGUGUUGGAGCUCUGCCGCCGGAGGUCUCUCCUGGAGCUGCACAAGAGGAGGAAAGCCCUGACUGAGCCUGAGGCCCGAUACUACCUAAGGCAAAUUGUGCUUGGCUGUCAGUACCUGCACCGAAACCGAGUUAUUCACCGAGACCUCAAGCUGGGCAACCUUUUCCUGAAUGAAGAUCUGGAGGUGAAAAUAGGGGAUUUUGGACUGGCAACCAAAGUCGAAUAUGACGGGGAGAGGAAGAAGACCCUGUGCGGGACUCCUAAUUACAUAGCUCCCGAGGUGCUGAGCAAGAAAGGGCACAGUUUCGAGGUGGAUGUGUGGUCUAUUGGGUGUAUCAUGUAUACCUUGUUAGUGGGCAAACCACCUUUUGAGACUUCUUGCCUAAAAGAGACCUACCUCCGGAUCAAGAAGAAUGAAUACAGUAUUCCCAAGCACAUCAACCCCGUGGCUGCCUCCCUCAUCCAGAAGAUGCUUCAGACAGAUCCCACUGCCCGCCCAACCAUUAAUGAGCUGCUUAACGACGAGUUCUUUACUUCUGGCUAUAUCCCUGCCCGUCUCCCCAUCACCUGCCUGACCAUUCCACCGAGGUUUUCAAUUGCUCCCAGCAGCCUGGACCCCAGCAACCGGAAGCCCCUCACAGUCCUCAAUAAAGGCUUGGAGAACCCCCUGCCUGAGCGUACCCGGGAAAAGGAAGAACCAGUGGUUCGAGAGACAGGCGAGGUGGUCGACUGCCACCUCAGUGACAUGCUGCAGCAGCUGCACAGUGUCAAUGCCUCCAAGCCCUCGGAGCGUGGGCUGGUCAGGCAAGAGGAGGCUGAGGAUCCUGCCUGCAUCCCCAUCUUCUGGGUCAGCAAGUGGGUGGACUAUUCGGACAAGUACGGCCUUGGGUAUCAGCUCUGUGAUAACAGCGUGGGGGUGCUCUUCAAUGACUCAACACGCCUCAUCCUCUACAACGAUGGUGACAGCCUGCAGUACAUAGAGCGUGACGGCACCGAGUCCUACCUCACCGUGAGUUCCCAUCCCAACUCCUUGAUGAAGAAGAUCACCCUCCUUAAAUAUUUCCGCAAUUACAUGAGUGAGCAUUUGCUGAAGGCAGGUGCCAACAUCACGCCGCGUGAAGGUGAUGAGCUCGCCCGGCUGCCCUACCUGCGGACCUGGUUCCGCACCCGCAGUGCCAUCAUCCUGCACCUCAGCAAUGGCAGCGUGCAGAUCAACUUCUUCCAGGAUCACACCAAGCUCAUCUUGUGCCCACUGAUGGCAGCCGUGACCUACAUCGAUGAGAAGCGGGACUUCCGCACGUACCGCCUGAGUCUCCUGGAAGAGUACGGCUGCUGCAAGGAGCUGGCCAGCCGGCUCCGCUAUGCCCGCACUAUGGUGGACAAGCUGCUGAGCUCACGCUCGGCCAGCAACCGCCUCAAGGCCUCCUAAUAGCCGCCCUCCCCUCCGGACUGGUGCCCUCCUCACUCCCACCUGCAUCUGGGGCCCAUACUGGUUGGCUCCUGCGGUGCCAUGUCUGCAGUGUGCCCCCCAGCCCUGGUGGCUGGGCAGAGCUGCAUCAUCCUUGCAGGUGGGGGUUGCUGUGUAAGUUAUUUUUGUACAUGUUCGGGUGUGGGUUCUACAGCCUCGUCCCCUCCCCCUCAACCCCACCAUAUGAAUUGUACAGAAUAUUUCUAUUGAGUUCGGAACUGUCCUUUCCUUGGCUUUAUACACAUUAAACAGAUGUGAAUCUUC